CUUUUUAUUCUCUCUCUCUCUCCAACAGAUCGUCAUAAACCCAUUUUUGAGUCCUAAAUCACUACCACCAUUCGAAUCUCAAAGCCUCAAAUACUACUACUACUUCUGAUCUGGGUCUUACAAAAUAUGGAGGCUUUUAGCUUACUCGACAUCUGGCGCAAUGCCGGUGACAACGCAACCGUCGGCGGCAAACCCAAAGAAAGUGUCAACAACAGCUCCACCACAGCAGCUGCCAAUGACGGCGUCCGGUGUCAGGUGCUGGAAACGGACGACAAAGACGAGGAGUCUUUUUUCGAUUUAGUGUUCACAGCGCCUGAUUGCGACGUUAAAGAACAAGACAAUGAUAAGAAUAUGGACAUCAAUGUCUUUGACAAUCUUUCGUUCAAAAAAGACGGCGAGACCAGACUCGAUUUGGUCGAUUCCCCUAACGAUUUCUUCUGUAAGAGGAAAAUAUUGCCCAUAGAACCAGCGUCGAAGCCACAAUCUCCGAUUUAUUUGUUGAAAUCUCCUCCGAAGUUUCGAGUCUUCAUGUUAGGCUUCAAGAAGUCGAAAGUGGAGAAAACAGAGGUGGACCGUGGUGUUUCCACGGGGACUCCGCAGCAGCAUCAACGCCAGAGAGCAUCACAACAAGAGCAAAGCCGGCAAAGCAAACGUUUCACGGUGAAAUGCAAGCUCGAAGAAAUCCCUAUUGCUUCGCUAUUCACCAGAGACAAUAGCCUGAGAAGCAAAUUACGAAAAGAGUUCUCCGAUGAGUCGUUGAUGGACGAUUCAUCCAAGGGAUUACCGAAAGACGGGUUUCAAAAGUAUUUGAAGCUAAUCAAACCGCUCUAUGUUAGGGCUUCGAAGAGGUACAGCGACAACAUGAGGUUUUCGGAUCAGUUUUCGACGGUCACACCAUUAUCGUCUCCUGGUACGUCGUCGAUGUGUUCGCCGAGAAAGGAAACAGAAGAGAAAAAGGUAAGUUUCCCAGCGGGACUUCGAGUGGUGUGUAAACGAUUAGCAAAGAGCCGCUCGGCGUCGUCGGCUGUCGGGAUCGUCCCGUCAACGGCGAGUCGAAGAGAUGAUUCGCUGUUGCAGCAACAUGAUGGAAUCCAAAGCGCCAUUCUUCAUUGCAAGAGAUCGUACAACUCUUCAUCAAAAGAGAGCUCUGUUCUGGCGAAAUCUUUGAGUGACCAUUGUGAUAAGGAAUCAAAAUCAAAAAAUCUAGCGAGAAAUUCCGACGAGGAAGCAAAGAGAUGCAGCAUUUGAAGACUGAAUUUUUAAGGAAGCAAAGAAAUAGGAUGGAAAAUGUUUUUAGGACAAGAAAAAACUGUUGAUGAUCCCCCCGUGUUGCUCUGUUUUUAGCAGAGGAUUAUAGAAGUAGGGUAGAGGAGUGGAUGUUCACUAGUAGUGGUUUUUCUGUAAAGCG